UCGCAAUGGGAGAAAGAAAGAAAGAAAGAAAGAAAGAAAGAAAGAAAGAAAGAAAGAAAGAAAGAAAGAAAGAAAAGCCCUGCAGAGCGAGCAGGCCACAGUGCCCGUCUGUUUUCCCAGCGGAGUCUCCAAUGACCGAAACGCUGACCCCGGAGCAGAUCACGGAGUACAAGGGCAUCUUUGAGAUGUUCGACGAAGAGGGGAACGGCUUAGUGAAGACGGCCGAGCUGGAAAGGCUCAUGAGCUUGAUCGGCAUCAACCCCACCAAGCGGGAACUGGAGACGAUGGCCAAGGACGUGGACAAAGACGGUAAAGGCAGCUUCAACUGUGACGGAUUCCUGGUCUUGAUGGGCAUCUACCACGAAAAAUCCAAGAACCAGGACGAGGAACUCAGGGCAGCCUUCAAGGUCUUCGACCAGGAGCACAAAGGCUACAUCGAGUGGAACACCUUGAAGUAUGUGCUGACGAACGCUGGGGAACCCCUCAAUGAACACGAAGCUGAACUCAUGAUGAAGGAAGCAGACAAGGACGGGGAUGGGACCAUCGACUACGAAGAGUUUGUGGCAAUGAUGACAGGGGAAUCCUUUAAGCUGACGCAGUAAGGCCUUUUGGAAGAGAUGCCUCCUUGAAGAAAAUGGCCCCAUCCAUAUCCCUCCUGCCCACCUCGGCAGGCUUUAUUCCCUGCAAGGUGAACAGACUACCUUUCAGGUGACUGGAGGGGGAAAUUACAUAUAUAUCCAUCAGGCCCCAAACCACAGCAUUUUUAAAAACUACAGCAAGAAGCUGCAAGCAAAGAGGGGGUGAUGGAGAACUUCUCCCAGAGCACGUCUACACUACGGAAUUAAACUGGUUUAAGAGUCUCUCGCGCGCUCAUGGGUAUGAUCGUUUUAUGAGCCAAGGAUGGGCGGGCUUUAACCGAAAGUGAUUAUCGAACCCCGGUUCCCAGGGUUCUUUGGGAGAACUCACAACCGGUGUCAAGCCAACAGAAGUUCGGAGUGUGGGCGGUUUGUGCGUGCCUGAUCCCUCAAGCAAGA